ACAGCGCCGUGCCGAGCCGGGCCCGCCGCCCUCAGCCCGCCAUGGCCGAGCCUGCGGCCUCUUCCAGCGCUGGCGCGCCGCUGCCGCUCAUUGAAUCAGAGCUUUACUUCCUCAUCGCCCGGUUCCUGAGCACCGGGCCCUGCCGGAGAGCGCUAAAGGUGCUGGUGCAGGAGCUGGAGCAGCACCAGUUGCUUCCUAAAAGGUUGGAUUGGCAAGGAAAUGAGCAUUAUAGAAGUUACGAAGAAUUGGUGCUGUCCAACAAACAUGUGGCUCCAGAUCAUUUAUUACAAAUUUGCAAGAGGAUUGGCCCUAUCCUGGAUAAGGAGAUCCCACCCAGCAUUUCCAGAGUCAAUUCCUUGCUUGGUGCAGGGAGACAGUCAUUGCUAAGGACAGCAAAAGAUUGCAGGAACACUGUUUGGAAGGGCUCUGCAUUUGCUGCUCUCCAUCGAGGAAGACCCCCUGAAAUGCCUGUGAACUAUGGCAGCCCCCCAAACCUGGUGGAAGUGCAUCGAGCAAAGCAGUUGACUGGAUAUGCCAAGUUCAGCACCUCGUUCCCAGGAAGUAUGUACCAGCAUGUCAGGAUGCACAGAAGGAUCCUUGGCCACCUUUCCUCUGUGUAUUGUGUUGCAUUUGAUAGGACUGGACACAGAAUAUUUACAGGUUCUGAUGACUGCCUGGUGAAGAUUUGGUCGACUCACAAUGGCAGGUUGUUUGCCACAUUAAGAGGCCACUCAGCAGAGAUCUCUGACAUGGCAGUGAACUAUGAGAACACCAUGAUUGCAGCCGGCAGCUGUGACAAAAUGAUCCGAGUGUGGUGCCUGAGAACCUGUGCUCCAGUUGCUGUCCUGCACGGGCACACAGGCUCCAUCACCUCCUUACAGUUUAGUCCAAUGGUGAAGGGCUCCAUGAGAUACAUGGUCUCCACUGGUGCAGAUGGAACUGUUUGCUUUUGGCAGUGGGAUACAGAUUCCAUGAAAUUCAACAACCGGCCACUGAGGUUCACAGAGAAACCCAGACCAGGGGUCCAGAUGCUUUGCUCUUCCUUCAGUGUGGGUGGUAUGUUUUUAGCAACUGGCAGCACUGACCAUGUCAUCAGGAUGUAUUUUUUUGGCUCUGAAACACCUGUGAAAAUAGCAGAAUUGGGAAGUCAUGCUGACAAAGUUGACAGCAUUCAGUUCUCUAAUGGUGGGGACAGGUUCAUAAGUGGCAGCAGAGAUGGAACAGCCAGAAUCUGGCAUUUUGAGCAGGCAGAGUGGAGGAGCAUCUUGUUGGACAUGUCUGACCGAUUGCUGGGUGACACUUGUGCAGAAGAAGACAAAUUCAUGAAGCCCAAAGUGACCAUGAUUGCCUGGAACCAAAAUGACAAUUAUGUUGUUACUGCUGUGAACAAUCACCUGCUCAAAGUGUGGAAUUCCUGCACAGGGCAGUUGCUCCAUGACUUGGUGGGCCAUGCAGAUGAGGUGUUUGUCUUGGAGACCCAUCCCUUUGAUUCCAGGAUAAUGCUCUCUGCAGGUCACGAUGGCAACAUCUUCAUCUGGGACAUCACCAAAGGCACCAAAACCAAGCAUUACUUCAACAUGAUCGAAGGCCAAGGCCAUGGGGCUGUUUUUGACUGUAAAUUUUCCCCAGAUGGGCAGCAUUUUGCAUGUACAGAUUCCCAUGGGCACCUGCUGAUAUUUGGGUUUGGCUGUAGCAGGCCUUAUGAAAAGAUUCCUGACCAGAUGUUCUUCCACACGGACUAUCGGCCGCUGAUCCGAGACUCCAACAACUACGUCCUGGAUGAGCAGACCCAGCAGGCCCCUCAUCUCAUGCCCCCUCCCUUCUUAGUGGAUGUGGAUGGAAACCCUCAUCCCACAAAAUAUCAGAGGCUGGUGCCAGGAAGGGAGAACUGUGCAGAUGAACAUCUGAUUCCUCAGCUCGGAUACGUGGCAACAAGUGAUGGAGAAGUGGUGGAACAAGUGAUUGGCCAGCAGACCAUUGAUCAGGAUGAGCAGGGCUUGGAGCCCAGCAUCCUGGAUGGGAUGAUCAGACAGUUACAGCUGGAACAGGAUCAGAGAACUGGAGCUGAUCAAGAAUCUGCUUCAAAUGCCCCACAAAACGGGGAGGGAACACCCAGAAGAGCUUUCAGGAGGGCGAGUGUGGACAUCCAGAGUCCCCCCAACAUCGGGCUGCGGCGCAGCGGGCAGGUGGAGGGCGUGAGGCAGAUGCACCAGAACGCCCCACGCAGCCAGAUGGCCACAGAGAGGGACCUGCAGGCCUGGAGAAGGAGGGUUGUGGUGCCAGAAGUCCCUGCAAGCCUGCUCAGGAAGCAGGAAGAAUAUCGGACUGCAAAAGGGGAAGAAGAGAGAGAUCUUUAUGUAACAGAGAAGAUAAAGUCAUUUGAGUCAUUGGAAAAGAGUGACUCCGAGUCCUCAUUAAUCCAGUCGAAGCGCCGGCUGCACAGACGGAAAUAUUCCAAUUACCGAACACGGAAUAACAUUGAACAGCUGGAGUCUUCUGAUGAGGAAAGGGACAACUGCUUGGGCUUGAUAGACCAGGAAGCUGAAGAAAGUGAGGGCUCUGGCUCAUCAGAUGAAGAGGAAGAGUGGAGAAGUGACAAGAAAAGCAACAGUAACAGUUCUAGCGAUUCCUCGAGCAGAUAUUCCGACUGGAUCGCGGACGCCGGGAUCAACCUGCAGCCCCCCGUGCGGACCUCGCGGCGCAAAGUGCUCAGGUACUGCAGCACCUCGGAGGAUGAGGUGUCAACAGAGAAAUCAUCCCCUCCCAAGAGAAGAAGGAGGAAAAGGAGAAAAAAACCCAAACCAAAAAGGCAGGAGGAGGCUGAUGCUGCAACACAACCAUUAAACAUGGAAUUGUCCCAUGACUGGCACCCUCCAGUGUGGAUAACAGACACAGCCCUUCGGAGAUCCCCCUUUGUCCCUCAGAUGGGUGACGAGGUGAUAUAUUUCCGACAAGGGCACGAAGCUUACAUUGAAGAAGUGAGAAGAAAUAACAUUUACGAACUGAAUCCACACAAGGAGCCGUGGAGGAAAGUAGUGCUUAGGGAUCAGGAAUUGGUAAAAAUUGUUGGAAUUAGGUACGAAGUUGGCCCUCCCACGCUGUGCUGCCUCAAGCUCGCCUUUAUAGACCACGCCACUGGCAAGCACACAGACAAAUCGUUUUCCAUCAGGUACCACGACAUGCCAGAUGUUAUCGACUUCCUUAUCUUACGGCAGUUCUACGACGAAGCCCGGCAGAGGAACUGGCAGGCCUCCGACAGGUUCCGCUCCAUCAUUGAUGAUGCCUGGUGGUUUGGGACAGUGUUGGGACAAGAACCUUACCAGCCUCAGUACCCAGACAGUCACUUCCAGUGCUACAGUGUUAAAUGGGACAAUGGUGAAAUUGAAAAGCUGAGCCCCUGGGACAUGGAACCAGUUCCUGAUAAUGUUGAUCAGCCUGAAGAAUUAGGGGGCAGUGUCUCUGUGACCCCAGAAGAGGUGGAGAGGCUCCUGUACAAACCCCAGGAAGGGGAGUGGGGGAUGAAAUCUCGUGAUGAAGCCUGUGAACGGAUUAUCAGUGGUAUUGAUCAGCUUAUGACUCUUGACAUUUCAGCACCUUUCUCUGGCCCUGUUGACCUGUGCACAUACCCCAAAUACUGCACAGUGAUUGCUUAUCCCACAGACCUCAACACCAUCAGGACCAGGCUGGCCAACAGGUUCUACAGGAGAAUCUCAGCUUUGGUUUGGGAAGUCAGAUACAUUGAAAGCAAUGCCAGAACCUUCAAUGAACCUGGGAGUGCCAUUGCCAGAGCUGCAAAAAAGAUCACUACCCAGCUCUUAAAGUUCAUCAAUGAUCAGGACUGUACAAACAUUUUUGAGCUCUGUAGCACUACAGAUGAUGAACAAGACUGUCAUGAUGCUGAUCUGGACGACGAAAAAUGUGUUCCAAGAACAUCCUAUAGGAGGAGAAAAGGACGAGGCUUAAAAAAAGGGAAAAGUGUGAAAGGUGGCUAUGAUGAGAACUGUUGGAAGAAGCAGUGCAUGGAGCUGGUGAAUUUAAUUUUCCAGUGUGAAGAUUCAGAACCUUUCAGGCAGCCUGUUGACUUGGAUCAAUAUCCUGAUUACAGAAACAUUAUAGACACUCCAAUGGACUUUGGUACAGUGAAAGAAACUCUGGAAGCUGGGAAUUAUGACACUCCAAUGGAACUGUGCAAGGAUAUAAGGCUGAUAUUUAGUAAUGCAAAAUCUUAUACUCCAAACAAAAAAUCAAAGAUUUACAGUAUGACCUUGAGAUUGUCAGCACUGUUUGAAGAGAAAAUAAGAAGAAUUGUUUCAGAUUUCAAAAAUGGGCAGAAACAGAACGAAAAGCUCCGAAGGAACCAGAGGUACACCAGGAGAUUCAAUAAUCAGAGCUCAGUGCAGCAGCCCAGCAAAAUGCUCAGAAAUUCGAAGCAGAAACCAUUGAAGUCUCAGGCAAAAGUUGAAUCUGAGCAAGAAGAUUCUUUCCCCCAACCUACCUCAAGCAGAGCCGCCUGUGUCACAAACCAUAAACCGAACGCUGGGAGAUACAACCAGAGUUCCUCCGGAGAAUCCUCGGAUUGUGUGGGCCUGGCAGCCUUUGAGAGGAAUGGCAAAGCCAGAGCCACAACACUGACCAACUGUUCUGCGUUAUCAUCAGAAAGUGAAGGUUCAGUGGUCUCUUUAUCUACUUCCUCUUCAUCUUCAUCCUCCACAAGCAGCUCAGAAGACAGCAAAGAAUGUUCUGGGGCUGUCGUGUCCCCUCCUCUGCACAACGGGGUGUGCAGGAGGAAGGGCAGCGGUCGCAGGAUAACCCGGAAUCGAGCUGCUCAGAGAAAACAGACAGGAACAGUUCUUCAGGAGAACGGGAACACAAGGAAAACUGUCAGGAAAAAGUUGUACGUAAGUAACUCUGAAAACACUUCCGUGGUGACAUCUGACUCCCUCAGCAACAGCACUGGCAGACACAGGAAAACCCCACGGAGAAGUGCUGCUGUGGCUGCCAAUAAAUUAAGGCUGAUGAGUGACGUGGAGGAAGAGGUUUCCAGCUCUGAAAGCAUCGGAAUUGGCUGCAGGAACAGGAAGCUGCCUCACCGGAACGCCUCGGCCGCCGCCCGGAGGAUGCUGCUGGAGAGAUCCGAGGAUGACACAGGCUUGAAGUCAGAGAGUGAGAAAGAAUUAGAAGAGCAGCUCACCAAGAGGAAAGCUCUUUCUCAGCCUGGUUCAUCUGCUCCACGGAGGAAAUUCGUGAGUGAAUCCGAAAAUGGGACUUCAGAUUCCGAGCCGGACACGCAGACGUGCCAGAAAACCUGGCAAAGCAACGGCCACAAACAGUUCCGGGGCCCAGCCCGUCCUCUGUCUCCCAAAGGGAAAAGUCCCAGCCCAGACUCUUCAGAGGAGGACUCCAAAAGCCAUAAUUCCGAGGAUGGGAGCAGUCAGAAAGGUUGUGACCAAUCAACAUCUGCACACAAUAAACCUGCAGGGAGCAACUCCGAGGACGAGGCGGAUUCCGAGUUGGAUCGCUGGGAGGGCAGGAAAGCAGCUGGCAAGCAGCUCAAUGCUUCUGGAAAAAAAGCAAAAGUCCUGAGUGAUUUAGAGGACACAGCAGAAUCUGAGACAGAAACCAGGGAGGAGUGGAAAAGUUUCCCCUCGGAGAACUUGGUGCCAACCAGGAUUGCAGGGAGUUCCAAAUCCGGGCCCUGUUCCAGCUUCCAUCACUCCUCUGACACGGACUCUGAGGCUGAUUCCAACAACAGCAAUUACUGUGAAACUCUUUUGAAAGCAAGAAAGAGGAAGAGAAAAGGAAGACCAAAAAUCAUUAGAAAAGAAUCAACAAGUGAGGAGACGGGACAAAGUGGGAAAGUGCUGCGGAGCAGGACCUGCAUCAUCAACUACAAGAAGCACAUCAAGAUGUCCAACGAGAAGAAGAACCCCCGCAGAUGUGCCACCCUGGCAGCCAACAAAAUUAAGAUCAUGAGUGAUGCCAAGGAAGAAUUAUCGAGCUCAGAAAGCGUUUGCACAGUAAAAAAGAACCGAAAGCAGCUGCCGGGCACCGCGCCCGGGGUGUGCAGGAAGAAGCUGGUGGACAGCGCGGAGGGAGACGCUUCUUUGAGGUCUGAGAAUGAGAAAGAGCAGUUUUCUGGCAGGAAAAAACCCUCCUGCCCUGAGUCAUCUGCUCCUAAAAGGAAAUAUAUCAGCGAGUCUGAGAAUGAAAAAACUGAAUCUGAGGCAGAGACUCAAAAGCAGAACCACAGGCAGGCACAUAAAUCGGUCUGUGCUGGGGCGCUGAAUAAUCUUGACUAUGACUCUUCAGAGGAGAAUUCCACCAACCACAGGGUGGAAAAUGGGGGGAGCUGGGGGGUUUCUAGGAAGUCAGCCUCAGCCCACAACCAUUGUACGAGUAACUCUGAAGAGGAGGUAGAUUCUGACUUAGCUAAACCCGAAACUAAAACUACCAGAGUAGCAGCAAAUAAAAAAUCUCGAGCUUCUUCCAAAAGAUCAAAACUGUUGGGUGGCUCCAAAGAAACAACAGAAUCUGAAACUAGGGGGAAGAAAGAGGAGAAAAGCUCGGUGUCAGAGGAUGUGGAAGCAGCUGGGACUGCAGGAAGUUCCAAAGGCAGUUUCAAUUGCUUUUCCGACUCGGACUCCGGGACUGAAAACAGCGUCUGCAGCGAUGCCACGGAAACGAGGAAGAGGAAAAGGAAACCGAGAACCAGCAGGAAAGAAAUCACCAACCCCAACUCCCUGAAGCCUUCCAGGAGAGCCCAGCAGAGGAAACGCUGGAAACCCAGCCAGGAGCACGACUCGGAAGACGUGGAAUACACCAAAUACGGGCGGGCCAACCAGCGCUCCAAGAUCCGCACGCGGAAUGGCGGCAGACGGACUGUGCGGUACCACGACGGCGACGACGACGGGGACUGCGACACGUAACCUUAAGCAAGGAAAGCCAGCACCCCACCUUUUUUUUGUUUGUUUGUUUGUUUUAUUAUUUUUUUUUUCUGUUUCGUUUUGUUGGGGUUUUUUUGUUUUGUUUUGUUUUUUUUUUUAACGGUAAUAGCACUAGAACUCCUCCGAUGGAUGCUGGCUCUUCUUCGUCCUACAUUUCAGGGAAUAUAUUUAUAUUUUUCUAUGAAAAAGUUACGAAUGUGAUUAGAUGAUGACUUUUCUCCUUUUCGUACUUUUGACUUGCACUUGCCUGCCCAUGUAGCAGCAUUUAGCACAGAUGCCAAAAUGUGCCUCAUUAUAGGGGCAAUUUUUUUGUCUUUACUGGUAUUUUAUUACAUAUAACAAGAGUUAAAAGAUGUUAAAACACUGCAAACAGGUUAAUAGCAGUAUGUUGAGUAUUAUUGUUAUGGGUGCUGCAAUGAAAUACUACCUAGGUCAUGCAACAUUCAAGAACAGAUUUCAAACAUCUCUAAUGCUGUCUGAGAUCAUCUACAGUAGUAACAGGCUUCUAAGUAAUAGUACACACUAGAGAAACCUGGUUGGAUGCAAGCCUUGCAUCAAAAGAGGAGUGAGAAGGCUGAUAACUUCACAACUUGAUUUAGUGCAGAUGUUAAAAUGUUCUGUACUUCCAUUAUUGAUGCCCAGUUACCAGUGAAGAAGUGAAUUUGCCAAUUCCAGAGGCUCUUGGUGCUGGUGAAGAGGGUUCUGCUGACAGGUAGUACUUUGAUCAUUAAUGUGACUUCUAUACUGUAAACUUUUAAGAUUAUGACAUGCAGGUGAACUCUUGGGCCUAAGGGUUUUUGUGUGUUUUCUUUAUAAAAUAGAAAAACAAACAAAACACUUUGUUCUGUUUUCUUUGUGCGUGGAAAGGUUGAGGUGGAGGAUUCUGACAUUCCAGACCUUUUUGCUACUGUUGUUCCUCCAUAUUUCAAGUGCUCGAAUGUUAGAUUUCCCACUGAUUAAACCUUUCCAGUUUCUCAUCAUUGCAGUUCAUCUCCUGUUUUCAGAAUGUUUGAGGUGGCUGUUGUUGACAGGAAAGAAAAUUCUUGUGUAGAAAAUAGAAAAUUCCCCCAGGAAAAACGUGCGAGUUCCUGCUUGAAACAGGUAUUAACAAUGAGAACACACAGCAAACUCUAAAUUUGUACAUUUUCCUUGGAGUUGUGCUGGUGGGAGCCACACAGCCCAGCUCCAGGAAAUCUCUGUCCUUCCCCACUCCAGGUUUCCUCCUCCCUCUCUGCAGGUUCCUUUUCCCACACUUGGAAAAUUUGGCGGUUCCUGAUCUCGUUGUUCAAUAGAAGAUGUGUUAGAAUUAGAAUAUCAGAUUUAGCCUAACCCAGCUCCUUUGAACUGAAAUACAGCUUUGUGAAUUAGUUUUCCAGCAGAUUGGACUGGUAAUAGGAUCUGGAAGGGCUUGGGGAUUAAAAAGUUAGUGCAGCUGCACAACAGCAGUCAUUUAUGGCAGAACUCCCUGUACAAAUGGAAGUGGAUCAUGGAAAAGGGAGUCAGUCAGUGAGAGCCACGUCUCCAACAACCUCACUGACACUGUGUGUUUACCAUCACAUCACUCUGCUUUCCAGAACAUUAUCUCAGCAUAGAGAAAUACUCUUUUUUUAUCUCAGCAUAGAGAAAUACUCUUUUUUUUUUUUUUCCUUAUAACUUCAACGUGAAGUUCAAAAAUAACCUAAGUUAAAUCAUUUUUGUCCCAGGAAAUUUUAUUUAGGGCGUAGUCCUUAAUGGGGCACAGCAGAGUUUUGUAAAUUCAAGAUAAAUGUUUAUCUGGAUUCAUUAUUUCGUUUCUAAAAUACAAACACAGUUGUGUUUAGUGAUGAAGUUUCAAGGUGGUUUUGUGUAUCUUGCCUUUUAGGGGCAAACUUUGUUAAAACAGAGUUAAGUCCACUGGUAUUUUUAUAUUUUCUGUAAACUGCAUUGCUCAGCAGCUGCUUAGGAUCAGUGUCCUGUGGAGUGCAACCUCCACCAUGGGAAUAAAUACUGGUACAGGAGCUCUGAAGUGAAUGGCAGAGUUUUUAUUAAUUUUCAGUUUUAAACAGCUGAAACUGGGCUGGUAGGUUUGUAUUUCUGGUUCAGGCUUAGAUUUGCUAAGCUGGUUUUCUUUCUCACCCUUUCUCAGAUGCUGUAUGCUGUCAUCCUGCACUCACACAUGUUCCUGGUGAUCCCUGAAAGCUUUGGGAGAAGGUUCUCUCCUCAGGAUUUGUAUAUCCCAGAGGGGAAUCACUGGCUUAGGGACCCUAACACUUUAUUUUCCGAGCAAAGCACGUGCUGCUUUUUAUUUCCUUAUUUUAUACACACAGACAGGUUCCAAAGAGCCAGUGGGAAGGGAAAUGGUUAAACUGGAAAGGGAUUUUUGACCCUUUGACCUUCUAAGAGUUUAUUUAUUUUUAAUUUAUUUAAAUGAGCAUGCUGACUCUUGCAGAACUGGCAGUUCUUCACCUUCCUGGUUGUUUUAGUCAGCAUUCUUGGUUUGGUCCAGCUGUACUCAGGGAAGUAAAGCAAUGUAAAAGUAGGAUCUUUAUUUAAUAUAACUUCGGAGGGUGUUUUUGUUUGUUUUAAAGCAGGACCUGAAUCUGUGAUAGUGAACAGGCAGCAUGAACAGAGGGAAGCAGUAAGAAAGUGCAGGACAGAAUCAUAAAGGAAUCAAAUUCUUUAGUAUUGAAGACUUUUAUGAUGUACAUGUUAUUAGUGGACCAAAGUAAAGCUGUUCAUACACCUGU